AUGUUUGUAAUAGUAGACAACGAGAUAACAAAAGAUAAAAGAAACUUGCGUUUGCAUGUAAUUGGGCCGAGGUGGGGGCCGGUGAAGGAGGAGUUGGGCCAAUAUUGUAAUUUCAAUUUGUAUUGUGAAAUUGACGAACCCUGGGGAGGAGCACGGCGUUUGGAGGUGGAAGCAAAAGCUGAAUCGAGAAGAAUGGGGUGGGAGAGCUACGUGGUGGUGCACAACAUAGCAAAGAGGCACAACGUGGGAACGCUGGCUCGCAGUGCCACCGCGUUUGGCGUCUCAGAACUCAUCCUCGUUGGCCGUAGAGAUUUCAACUGUUUCGGCAGCCAUGGCUCCUCCUCCCACCUUCGAUUUCGACACUUCCACUCCCUCCACGAUGCUCGCAACUUCCUCAAAGACAAAGGCUGCGAUAUUUGCGGUGUUGAGAUCACAAACGACGCUCUCCCUGUCAAUCAGCAUCCUUUCAAGAAAAGCACCGCAUUCCUACUCGGCAACGAGGGCACGGGGCUUUCUCCAAAGGAAAUUGAGAUAUGCGACUUUUUCGUCUAUAUUCCUCAAUAUGGCGGCGGCACUGCUUCCUUGAAUGUUACUGUAGCUGCUUCCAUUGUACUCCAUCAUUUCGCAGACUGGGCAGGUUUUGAAGAGAGAACUCGUGAUGGAAAUAAAUUUGUUGUUGCUGAGAGACCGGUAAAACAGGGUCGACGUAAUUACUGCACUGAAACAGAAGAUUCCAUCAUUGAAGAGCGUAAAGCUAAAAGAGAAAAUGCUGCCAAUGGUUUCUUUGAUGAGGCUGAGAGUGGCAAUUCAUCUUCAAACCUCCUUGAUGCAUUAUUUGUUGAUGGCUAA